AUGUGUAAAUUGGGAGCAUGGAACGAUAGAAGUAAUGAAGAAAAAGAAAAGGAAUUGUUAUCAGAAUUUAAAACGAUAAAAUUGGAUAUAUUGGCGAUACUAGAAUCAAAAAAUAAUGAGCAGGGAGUGGUCAAAUUGGAUAAUAGCCGUAUCCAGAUUUACAGUAGAGUAAAAAUGAAAAAACGAGCACCAGCCAGGCGUACAGUAAACAGAUAUAUGAAGAACAAACUAUAUAAAUGA